UAUAUUAGUAUAGUUUACUUAAGUAAUCAAAUAUGGCGAUAAAAUAUAAAGUUGUGAAUGUCGAUAUACAGACAAGUAUAUCAUUGCUUCAAAAAUUUAUUAAAAAAUUGACAGAAGACGUCGGCCAUUAUCGUAAUAGUGUAGAUGUUUUCUAUAAAAAUUACCUGUCAACUCUAAUUGGCGAUAAUGAGGACACUAAAUAUUUGAGACCGUACAGUGAAUUCAAUAAAGUUGAUUCGAUGUACAAAAAAUUUAAAAGAUUCCUCAAUGAUUUUCUGACAACGAUUAUGAAAGAUUACGCAGACGCAUUGGAAAUCAGUUCGAAUAUCCGAUUACUCAAAAACGAAUUUGAUAAUAUUGUAAAAGAGUACAGUCAUCUGUAUAAAAAUUCACCGAAAAACGGGAUCGAAGUGAAUAAAGAAUUUUCGUCGAUGGAAAAUUUGAAACAACUGCACUACGCGGUCACUAAAUUAGAUAAAAUAAAACGAUCAUACAAUGAGCGAGUUAUUGCUUAUAAUGAGUACAUUUUACAGUUUUAUGGCAUUGAAAGAAAUUUUGAAAAUCGUAUCUUAACUUUCAUAACGAGGUCUAACAAAACCCACAGUCUGAACCUCGAUUGUUACACUGAAUACUUUACGAAUUUGCUAAAGAAUGAUAGUAUCGGUAGCAAGAAAAGGGAAAUUUUGAAAGGAUAUUUGAAAAAUUUGACCCUUGAAAUGGAAGGGUUUAGCAAAUCGUCGUUACGGGGGGUCAAGAAAAUAAAUAUUAUUGAUUUUGGUAGAACAGAUUUUGGAGAAAAUUCAAAUAAUGAUCAAACAAAGUCUGCGAAACAAAAUUUGUUUUCGGUUCCUACAGACAUUUCACGAACAGAAAAGCCUAGAAGUUCAGGAACUUCUGUUAAAAUGCCGCAAAUUAAGGCAUCUUCCCCUCAACCAAUUUCAUCCGCAAUUCCUAUGGACAUUCCACAAACAGGAACACAUCCAGAGGUAAUUUUCAGAGCUCCAUUGAACAGAAUUUCAGGAGCUUCAUUUCCUCAAACGAAUUCACCUUCCCCACAACCAAAUUCAUCCGCAAUUCCUGAAGAUGUUCCACAAACAGGAACACGUCCAAAGGUAAUUUUCAGAGCCCCAUUAACUAGAAGUUCAGGAGCUUCAUUUCCUCAAACGAAUUCACCUUCCCCACAACCAAAUUCAUCCGCAAUUCCUAAAGACAUUCCACAAACAGGAACACAUCCAGAGGUAAUUUUCAGAGCUCCAUUGAACAGAAUUUCAGGAGCUUCAUUUCCUCAAACGAAUUCACCUUCCCCACAACCAAAUUCAUCCGCAAUUCCUAAAGACAUUCCACAAACAGGAACACAUCCAGAGGUAAUUUUCAGAGCUCCAUUGAACAGAAUUUCAGGAGCUUCAUUUCCUCAAACAAAGUCACCUUCCCCACAACCAAAUUCAUCCGCAAUUCCUAAAGACAUUCCACAAACAGGAACACAUCCAGAGGUAAUUUUCAGAGCUCCAUUGAACAGAAUUUCAGGAGCUUCAUUUCCUCAAACAAAGUCACCUUCCCCACAACCAAAUUCAUCCGCAAUUCCUAAAGACAUUCCACAAACAGGAUUAUCUCUAAAACCAAUGUUCGGAAGCCGAUUUAAAAGAAGUUCAGAACUUUCUGAUGAAUUCUCCAAAACUAAAAGCGAAGACUGCCCAUUAAAACGCGACCCAAUGUUACCACUGGAACAAUGUUGUCUAAUACCCAAUGCCAAUGAAGACCCAAUCUACAAAAAAGACAAUUAUUUAUUUGACAUUUCUAAUACAUGUGGAUUUGAUUCCAUAACACAAAUUUUAUUAGCCAGUAUUACUGACGACUUUUGUUACGCGUCAAAAAUGAAUACAUCUUCAAGUGAUGUAAUUAAAUUUAUAUUCAAACUACUAACGGCUGAUAACAGGAAAGCCGCUAAAUUACGUAACGAUUAUUUAGCCGUGAAAUUUAUGGAAACCAACGAAUUUAUUAGUAAUAAUUAUCGGCAUCAUUUAAAUUUCUACAGAACAUUAACGCCAAUAUGGAAUGUCUACUUCAAUUCGUUACCCAGUGGUUAUUAUUACUAUGAAUGUCAUUCAAUUCGUCAGCCUAAAAGUUCCCUGGCGAUUGUUUACGAAGAUAUUAGAGAAGUUGGUCGAGUCGGAAACCGUAGAAAAAUAGACAUGUCAAUUCAAGAUAAAGUGAACGAAUUAUUGGCCGAACCAGAAAGAUUUAAGUGCCCGGAAUGUGACAGAUAUGUAUCAAGUUUUGAACUAAACGAUCAGGUGUUCAUCGAUAUUACUUUAAUGGCAAAAUCGGACGUCAAGUUAUAUUCUGAUCUCGAAUUAUUUCCCAUCUCAUUAACGCUUUUAGGCAGAAAUUUUAGAUUGGCCGGUGUAAUCGAAAGAGUUCCGGGGCAUUUCAUCGCUAACGUAAGACGAAUUGAUGGCAGUUGGGAAGUUCACAAUGAUUUGAAAAACGAAAUAUUUAAACUGAAUAAUUUUAAAAAAGCAAUCUGCCCGGAAGCUGCUAUUUAUAUCAAAGAGUAAUUUUAUUAUAAUUACAAUUAUAAAUGACAUUUUUUUUGGGUU